GCCUCCUUCACGACCGCGUUUCAUGUCCUCCAGAGCAUAGCCUCGGAGCCUAUCCCCAGCCAUUUUGGCGCAGGCUUGCUGACGCCAGGCCCACGCUGCCGACCCGAUGCUGCGACCGAGGACAUCCUCGAAGAAAUUGGCCGUUGAGUUGCGAGGAGAAGAAGCACCGCCUGCUGGCCCUGUACGACCAGGACUGCCGCGACGCCGAGCGGCUGCUCAAGGCCGGGGGCCGCCCACCAGAGGACGCCGGCGCCCGCGCGCAGUCCCAGCACGCCCGCACGCGCGAGCCCGCGCGCGCUUGCACAACUGCGGCCCCCGUGUCCGCCGCCGACCGCUGCGUGGCCGCCUCGCCGAGGCCCGCGCCGGCCACGUACCUCCAGAGGAGGCGGCGCUGGAGCUCACCACCCACCAAACCACCCCGACCCAACCCAAAGGCUUCCAUUUGCCCUUGAUUUCCAGUUUGGGGGGGGUCGGGGAACAUAGAGGGAACACAUCUGGAACCCGUACAGUCAAAAACCAUUAUAGCCGGAGUGCAGUAUCCCCAAACAUGGCUUUUAGACCCACUACCACUUCGGUUUCAAAGGUCGAUUGCGUGCCCG